AAAAGACUCAAAGAAAGGAGGUUUCAAGGGCUCCAGGCGCACCCUCCUUUCUCGCGCGCGACCGCUGGAGGCGGCGGAGCCGACCUCACCUCGCCGGAGCUUAAUCCCCUCAGCUCCUUUCCCCUUUCUCCGGAUUCUGGUUGGCCGGCGGUUGGGGUUGGGGGGGGGGGGUGUGAAGAGCUCGCCGUCGCACGCGAUGUCGGCCGCCGCGGGGACGCCGCCCGAUGGCGGAGGAGACAGGCCGUGGCAGUCCUACCACACCGCCUACACCAAUGCCAAAGCUGGAAUGGAGGGAGUUGACAAAGAGAAGGUGCAGAAGGUAAUCUACGAAAUGAGCAAGGGUUCAAAAUAUUUUGAAAACGAGCAGCGGAAAGAGGCAAUUACCAAACAAAAAAUUGAGCAUCUGCGUGCACAAUGUGCAAAGCUGACUGAUAAUGACAUAUCACAUUUUCAGAAGGUCGCUGAAAACAAAAUUUUGGAGCUGGAAGCUUCACGGGAUCUUUCAAAGAUAUGGCUUCACACUGACAUGGAUGCCUUUUAUGCUGCUGUUGAGACAUUGGAAAAUCCAUCCUUGAAGGGAAAACCAUUGGCAGUCGGUAGCAUGUCUAUGAUAGCUACUGCAAGUUAUGAGGCACGGAAAUUUGGAGUUCGUGCAGCAAUGCCUGGUUUUAUUGGCUGUAAACUAUGUCCUGACUUGGUUUUUGUCCAUCCAAAUUUUGAGAGAUACACUUAUUAUAGUGAAUUAACAAGAAAAGUUUUCCAAAGGUAUGAUCCCAACUUUGUUGCAACAAGCCUGGAUGAAGCGUAUCUCAAUAUUACAAAUGUCUGUUUUGAUAGAGGCAUCACAGGUGAGGAGGUUGCUACUGAACUUAGGGGUGCCAUUCACCAGGAAACUGGUCUAACUUGUAGUGCUGGAGUUGCUCCAAACCGCAUGAUUGCUAAGGUUUGCUCUGAUAUAAACAAGCCUAAUGGACAGUUCAUCUUGCCUAAUGACCGAGAAGCUGUGACAACAUUUGUAUCAACACUACCUAUAAGAAAGAUAGGUGGUAUAGGCAAGGUAACAGAACAAAUGUUACGUCAGGUGCUUGGUAUUACUACAUGCCAGGAGAUGCUUCAAAAGGCUGCUUUCUUAUGUGCAUUGUUUUCUGAAUCCUCAGCUGGUUCGUAUGUUGGUAACACUUAUUUCUUUAUUUCGGUUGGUCUUGGACUAGGUGGUACAGAAACUCCUGAGCAAAGGCUAAGGAAAAGUAUCAGUUGUGAGCGAACUUUCAGGGAAACAGAUGAUCGUUCUUUGCUUUUCGAGAAGUUAGAUAAUCUUGCAGAAAAUUUGGCCGACGAUAUGCAAAAAGAAUGCCUGAAGGGAAAGACAAUAACGCUCAAACUGAAGACUGCCGCUUUUGAGGUCAGGACAAGAGCAAUAACUGCACAAAACUACAUCAACUCCAAGGAAGAUAUCCUGAUCUACGCUAGGAAAUUGCUUAAGGCUGAACUGCCUCUUUCUUUGAGAUUGAUGGGGUUACGAAUGUCCCAUCUUCAUGAUGAGAAAGAUGAUUCAUCUACACAAACCCAAAAGACACUAGAUAGAUUUUUCCGUACAGCUGACAACUCAAAUGACAAUGGAGCAAACGGUCUGAGCAUCAAUAAUACCACAGGAGGGGAUAACUAUGAUACUAAUGUGAUAUCUAAGGUCAAUUAUCUAGAGCAUGAUGCUAGAACAGAUGAUACCAUGGAUGACCAGGCAUUAUUCUCGUGUGAAAAGAACUUAUUUGUUCCUGAAGGAAGGAACUCAGACAAUUAUAGUAAUGAUAUUUCAUCAAGAAAUCCUGUUAUAUGUGAUGGUGUGGGUCAAAAAGAAUCAGAUGAUGACUCUAGUUCGAAGAGUACACAUACUGUAAAGUUUGAUGACCAUCUCACCAGCUCUAACGCAACUACUUCAUCGAGUAAACCUGAUCAUCUUUUCUGGAUAAAUGGCUAUAUCUGCUCCCAUUGUGGAUUUGAACUGCCUCCAGGAUUUGAGGAGGAGAGGCAAGAACAUUCAGAUUUCCACUUGGCUGAAAUGCUUCAACAGGAAGAGGCAGGCAACAGCACGGGUCCCCUCUUGAAAGAGAGGUUAGCUGAAAGGCCAUGCUCUACCACACCCACACCUAAGAAGAAGCUCAAGUCUUCAAAAGAUGGAAAACAUAUACCUAUUGAUGCUUUCUUCCAUAAGUGUGACAAGAACUUGUAACAUACUACAUUUGUAGUUUGUAACACUCCCAAUGUGUGGCAGGAGAAUCUACAGGUUGCUGCACUGCCAUCCAAAGCUACACUCGAGUUUGAGGAUGGUGUCUCACUUCGAAGUGCAUAUGUUGUUCCUGAAGAUGUUCAAGCUGCAGGGUUCCAGAUUGAUGCUGAUGAACUGGCAUCUAUUGUUGAAAGUCGUGACACUAAAAAGUUGGCUGUGCAUGGACAAUUAGGUGGGAUUGCACACAAGUUAGCAACAUCAUUAACCAAUGGGAUAGUUACAGACAAGGACCUCUUGAAUCAAAGGCAGGACAUAUAUGGAGUAAACAAGUUCGCUGAGACUGAAACUCGCAGCUUUUGGGAGUUUGUAUGGGAAGCACUGCAGGACACAACUCUUAUAAUUCUUACUGCUUGUGCUGUCGUCUCUUUGGUUGUUGGCAUAACCACGGAAGGAUGGCCACAAGGUGCGCAUGAUGGCAUUGGCAUCGUUGCAAGUAUCCUCCUCGUUGUUUCUGUUACCGGAACAAGUAACUAUCAGCAGUCCUUGCAAUUCCGGGACCUUGACAAGGAGAAAAGGAAAAUUCUUGUUCAAGUCACAAGGAAUGGCUUGAGACAAAGAGUACUGAUAGAUGAUCUUCUUCCUGGUGAUGUUGUCCAUCUUGGGGUUGGUGAUCAGAUUCCUGCAGAUGGCCUCUUUAUUUCUGGGUUUUCUGUAUUGGUCGAUGAGUCUAGUCUAACUGGGGAGAGUGAACCUGUUUUUGUAAAUGAAGACAACCCUUAUCUUUUAUCAGGGACGAAAGUCCUUGAUGGGUCCUGCAAAAUGCUGGUUACAGCAGUUGGGAUGCGAACACAAUGGGGCAAAUUAAUGUCUGUUCUUACUGACGGCGGGGAUGAUGAAACUCCACUUCAAAUCAGACUGAAUGGAGUUGCAAACACUAUUGGGAAAAUUGGUCUAUUUUUUUCUUUGUUAACUUUCAUUGUCCUUUCACAAGGGAUAUUUGGCCAGAAAUAUCUUGACGGGCUUCUUUUGAGUUGGUCUGGAGAUGAUGUGCUAAAGAUAUUGGAUCAUUUUGCUGUUGCAGUUACAAUUGUUGUUGUUGCUGUACCUGAGGGAUUGCCAUUAGCAGUCACUUUGAGCCUUGCAUUUGCAAUGAAUAAAAUGAUGAAUGACAAGGCACUUGUUCGGCAGUUGGCUGCCUGCGAAACCAUGGGCUCAGCCACAGUCAUUUGCAGUGACAAGACAGGAACACUAACAACUAAUCGCAUGACUGUUGUAAAAGCCUGCAUCUGUGGGAACACCAUGCAAGUUAACAACCUACAGACUCCUUCAAGCAUGCUUUCCAAUAUCCCAGAAGUUGCUGUAGAAACUCUUCUGGAGUCCAUUUUUAACAAUACCAGUGGCGAAGUGGUGAUUAACCAGGAUGGAAAGUAUCAAAUACUAGGCACCCCUACUGAGACAGCUCUGUUGGAGCUUGCACUGUUGCUAGGCAGAGGCUGUGGAGAGAAGCAACAGGAACCUAAGAUUGUUAAAGUGGAACCUUUUAAUUCAACCAAAAAGAUGAUGAGUACCAUUCUUGAGCUUCCUGCUGGAGGAUAUCGUGCACAUUGUAAAGGUGCUUCAGAAAUAGUAUUGGCUGCUUGUGAUAAGUUCAUUGAUGAAAGAGGUUGUAUCUCCCCCCUUGACGAUACAACUUCCAGUAAGCUCAAUGAUAUAAUCAAAACCUUUUCUAGUGAAGCGCUCAGAACAUUAUGCCUUGCUUAUAGGGAAAUGGACGGGUUUUCUACUCAAGAGCAAAUACCAUUACAAGGUUACACCUGCAUCGGCAUUGUUGGUAUUAAAGAUCCUGUUCGUCCAGGUGUCAGCCAGUCUGUGGCAACUUGCCGGUCAGCUGGCAUUUCGGUGAGAAUGAUUACAGGUGACAAUAUUGAUACAGCAAAAGCAAUUGCUCGGGAAUGUGGUAUACUUACCAAGGAUGGCAUUGCCAUUGAGGGUGCUGAGUUUAGGGAGAAAAAUGCUGAAGAACUCCUUGAUUUGAUCCCAAAAAUGCAGGUACUGGCCCGUUCUUCACCACUUGAUAAGCAUACACUUGUGAAGCAUUUGCGCACCACAUUCAGUGAAGUUGUUGCCGUGACUGGUGAUGGCACUAAUGAUGCGCCUGCGCUGCGUGAGGCAGAUAUUGGACUUGCCAUGGGCAUUGCAGGGACUGAGGUUGCAAAAGAGAGUGCUGAUGUUGUAAUUCUGGAUGACAACUUUUCUACAAUUGUUACUGUUGCCAAAUGGGGCCGCUCUGUUUAUGUUAACAUCCAAAAGUUUGUGCAGUUCCAGCUUACUGUUAAUGUUGUCGCGUUGCUAGUUAACUUCUCUUCUGCAUGUUUCACAGGGGAUGCUCCACUUUCAGCUGUACAACUUCUUUGGGUCAACAUGAUCAUGGACACCCUAGGGGCCCUUGCACUAGCCACUGAACCACCCAAUGAUAACUUGAUGAAGAAAGCACCAGUAGGAAGGACAGGGAAAUUUAUCACAAAUGUGAUGUGGAGGAACAUUGUAGGGCAGUCGUUAUACCAAUUUGCUGUCAUGUGGUAUCUGCAAACUCAAGGGAAACACCUGUUUGGGCUGGAGGGCUACAAUGCUGAUAUUGUGCUAAAUACAAUCAUAUUUAACACUUUUGUCUUCUGCCAGGUGUUCAAUGAGAUAAGCUCAAGAGAAAUGGAGGACAUGAAUGUUCUGAGGGGCAUGGCAGACAAUUCCAUUUUCCUGGGUGUCCUCACUGGCACCAUCUUCUUCCAGUUCAUCCUAGUCCAGUUCCUGGGCGAUUUCGCUUACACCGCGCCUCUGAACCAGCAGCAGUGGCUCAUCAGUGUGCUCUUUGGCUUCCUUGGGAUGCCCAUUGCUGCUGCCAUCAAGUUGAUUCCUGUAGAACCUCAUGAAAAAGUCGAUACACGAAGAAUGCCAUAGACUUAUGCAUAACACCAGAGUACAUAGACAUGGAAAUAUUCACUCAAUUUGCAUCAUAAGGAGCCUACAUACAAGGAUAACUUGCACUCCAGGGUUCUGUGAUCAGAGAUUGGCAGCAUGCUGUGAAGAAAAUUUUGGACUUGGCCAAUCUUGCCAUGAUGUAAGUUGACCUGUGGAAGCAGAGCUGAUCAGUGGUUCUGGAAAAUAUGCAGUGAUUUUUAGUAUUAUUUUGAAUACGCUGAUCUAGUAUUAUUAUGAAAUGCCAUCUGGGGUAGGGUAUAAACAGAUAAGAUUGUACAUCAAUACAAGACUGACAUUGAUGAUAGCCACAAUGAUUAUAUUCUUAAUAGAAGUUGAUUCAUUCUAGAACAUAUGUUGCCCAAUGAUAGCAUUUCAAAUGUUUCACCACACUAUAUCACUAAAAAUUUAC